UGCACCACCGCCCUCAGGCACCCGCCUGGCCCACACCACUGUGACCUGAUCAAGUCUUCAGAGAGUGAGAAAGAAACUCUCUCAGGACUACUCAAAGAACUUUGAGAACAAGUUUUGCUGCAUUUGAUUUAUUUAUUGAUCUACUUAUUUGGUGAAAUGGCAUGCAGAACUUGCCUCUGGCUGCUAGGGACAGCAUUUUUUACUUGCACAGUGCGCCUGGUUGUUGAGGGUACGGAGGUGGGAGCACCCCAGGGGUCGCACCCGGAGCCAGGGGUGGUGGGAUCAAAUCACAGCCAGGCUGGAGGGGGCCAUGGGUCCAGCAUCUCAGGGAUACAAAUCGUGACCUUUAAGUGGCACCAUGUGGAAGCCCCCUACCUCAUCGCCUUAUGGAUACUUGUGGCUGGGGUAUCCAAGAUGGUGGUUGAGCUGAACCACAGCCUGACCAGUGUGAUCCCGGAGAGCGCCCUCCUCAUCCUCAUCGGUUGGAUCCUGGGCGGCAUCAUCUACGGGGCAGGCAAGAUGCAGACCUUCACCCUGACACCCACCGUCUUCUUCUUCUACCUGCUGCCCCAAGUCAUCCUGGACGCGGGCUACUUCAUGCCCAACAAGCUGUUCUUCAGCAACAUGGGCGCCAUCCUGGUUUACGCUGUGAUUGGCACCUGCUGGAACGCUGCCACUGUGGGUCUCGGCCUCUGGGGGUGCUGGUUGGGCGGGGCCAUGGGUGAUAUCGACAUUGGUCUCCUUCAGUUCCUGUUGUUUGGGAGUCUAAUUGCUGCUGUGGACCCCGUGGCUGUAAUUGCCGUGUUUGAGGAGGUCCAUGUCAACGAGGUCCUGUUCAUCAUGGUGUUUGGGGAGUCCCUCCUCAACGAUGGUGUCACAGUGGUGCUGUUCAAUGUGUUUGAUGCAUUCGUGUCGCUGGGAGGGGCAGAAAUCGAUGCUGUAGAGAUCAUUAAAGGCAUAAUCUCGUUCUUCGUGGUGGCAUUCGGAGGCUCCCUGGUUGGUAUUAUCUUUGCUCUGCUGAUCUCGCUCCUGACCAGAUGCACAAAGAACAUCCAGAUCAUUGAGCCAGGCUUCAUCUUCAUCCUGGGCUACCUCUCCUACCUGACAGCUGAGAUGCUCUCGCUAUCCGCUAUCCUGUCGAUCGUGUUUUGUGGCAUCUGCAGUCAGAAGUAUAUCAAUGCCAACAUGGAUGAAUGUUCGGUCACCACAGUACGAUACGUCAUGAAGGUGUUCGCCAAUGGCUCAGAGACCAUCAUCUUUGUCUUCCUCGGCAUCUCGGCCAUAGAUCCAGCUAUAUGGGUGUGGAACACAGGCUUCAUCCUCCUCACACUCCUCUUCAUCUUUGUGUUCAGGUUCAUAGGGGUCUUUCUCCUUACCUGGAUUCUGAACAAGUACCGACUGGUUCCCUUGGAGUUCAUUGAUCAGGUGGUGAUGAGCUACGGUGGCCUACGAGGGGCAGUUGCCUAUGGCCUUGUGGCCAUGCUGGAUGAGAAUAAGUUCAAAGAGAAGAAUUUGAUGGUCAGCACCACCCUCAUAGUGGUGUACUUCACUGUCAUGCUGCAGGGAAUAACCAUGAAACCACUGGUCACCUGGCUGAAAGUGAAGAGAGCAGCCGUGACAGAACUCACACUAGCUGAAAAAAUACAGAAUAGGACCUUUGACCACAUGCUUGUCGCCAUAGAGGACAUUUCUGGACAAAUAGGACAUAACUACAUGAGAGACAAGUGGCAUAACUUUGAGGAGAGGUGGUUGUGCUGGCUCUUGAUGAAGCCCUCUGCCAGGAAAUCUCGUGACUACAUAUUCAACAUCUUCCACCAGCUCAACCUCAAGGAUGCCAUGAGCUAUGUAAAGGAGGGAGAACGCAGAGGCUCAUUGGCGUUCGUUCGGAAGGAGACCAAGGCCGAUGUGGAUUUCAAUAAGAAGUUUCGUGCCAGUUUCUCUGAGAUUAUGCCUGACAUCAUGGCAGAUAAUAUGGGACCGGAUCAUGUUCCACUUUCCUCUAUCUUACAGGACAUUGUGCCCUCUGUCUGCCUGGACAUGCAUGAGCAGGACCUGGAAAUGAGGGAGUCAGAGGACUUUAAUGCACACCAUCUACUGCAGCAGCACUUGUACAGAGGCAGGAAACAGCACAGACACAGGUACAGUCGGAAGCACCUCGAAGUCAACAAGGACAAGAAUGAGGUGCAAGAGAUCUUCCAGAGAACAAUGAGAAGCCGUCUAGAGUCAUUCAAGUCAGCCAAAAUGGGUGUCGCCCCUGCCAAGAAGAUCCAAACCAAGCAUCAAAAGAAAGAUAAACCACAAAAGAUGCCAAAUGGAAACUCCACGGAUAAAAGUAAAAACCAUCCUUAUGGGGAUAAAGAUUUUGAGUUUUCUGAAGGAGACUGUGGCUCUGGUGGCGAGGCUGCUGGCGAUUUAUUCCCCAUGAGGGCCUAUAGAGUAGAAGCUGGAAUAGUGAACCCAGCCUUCAUGGCAGAGAUGGACCCCAUGGACAACAUGCAACAGAUGCAGCAGAUCCCACAUGUAGCACUUCUUCCACAAACCUUGAACUCCUUUGACACCUAACCCUGGGUCCAGGUCGUGACCCCAGUUGCCAAAGAAUCAAACAUUGCACCUGCUCUUUGACAAAACAUUUACUAGGGCAUGUUUUCUUUGCUGUGCAGUUGUUUAAUCAUAGUUCUGUAUCCCCAGACAAAACAUUCCAGGUCCAGUAACCCUUGUGCUCUCCAAAUAAGGCUUUCAGUCUUGAUUGAGCUAUUCCCUCUUCUUAGUGUAUGUUUGGUUGUAGGUUAGGUUUUUUAAAGUAAAGGGAACUGUGCUGUAUAUAACUCCAUCGUAACAGACGAAGAUCAUCAUGAGACCAAAACCAAAUAAGAAUGUUGGACAUUUGACCUUGCCAUCCAAAUCCAUGGUAAAUUCUGACCCAGUUUACCUGACAAAACCAAUCCCUCAAACAAUCCAGGCUUUGACUGGCUUGCUCACAUCCCAUGUAGGCUGACAGUAAAAGAAAGGUCAGUCACACUUUAUUUGGAUAGUCCCAUAUAGAGGAUCUACGGCUGGUCAUAUUAUUUACAUUUUAGUCAUUUAGCAGACGCUCUUAUCCAGAGCAAGUUACAGAGUUACAGUGCAUUCAUCUUCAAAAUGCUAGGAGGGACAAGCACAUGUCACAGGCAUAGCAAGUACAUUUUUCCUCAGUAAAGUAGGGUGGGUGUCAGAAGGGGGGAAGGAGAAAAGUAUCUAAGUGCCAUCCGCAUAGCAAUGAUAGGAGAGACCAUGUGAGGAUAUGAAGGAGCUCCUCCUGACCGGCUUAGCUGUCCACAGCCCUAUUCUGUAAACUUACAAUGAGUCACUCAGCCACGGAGCAGGAGGGGAGGGCUGAGCCGGCUGGGAGGAAAGGGGACAGUGCGAGUCAUAAG